CGCGCCCCCUGAGCUACAGACACCAGGGCGCUCACCAUGGCCCCCCCAGUCCUGCUGCUGCUGCUGGCCAGUGGAGCGGCCGCCUGCCCACUGCCCUGUGUCUGCCAGAACCUGUCCGAGUCGCUCAGCACCCUCUGUGCCCACCGAGGCCUGCUGUUUGUGCCGCCCAACGUGGACCGGCGCACCGUGGAGUUGCGGCUGGCUGACAACUUCAUCCAGGCCUUGGGGCCGCCAGACUUCCGAAACAUGACAGGGCUGGUGGACCUGACACUGUCCCGCAAUGCCAUCACCCGCAUCGGGGCCCGCGCUUUUGGGGACCUGGAGAGCCUGCGCUCCCUGCACCUGGAUGGCAACAGGCUGGUUGAGCUAGGCGCCGGCAGCCUCCGGGGCCCGGUCAACCUGCAGCACCUCAUCCUCAGUGGCAACCAGCUGGGCCGCAUCUCGCCUGGGGCCUUCGACGACUUCCUGGACAGCCUGGAGGACCUGGACUUGUCCUACAACAACCUGCGGCAGGUGCCCUGGGCUGGCAUCGGCGCCAUGCCCGCCCUCCACACCCUCAACCUGGACCACAACCUCAUCGACGCACUGCCCCCGGGCGCCUUCGCCCAGCUCAGCCAGCUCUCCCGCCUCGACCUCACCUCCAACCGCCUGGCCACACUGGCCCCCGACCCGCUCUUUUCCCGGGGGCGCGAUGCGGAGGCCUCGCCCGCCCCCCUGGUGCUGAGCUUCAGCGGGAACCCCCUGCACUGCAACUGUGAGCUCCUGUGGCUACGGCGGCUGGCGCGGCCUGACGACCUGGAGACGUGCGCCUCCCCGCCAGGCCUGGCCGGCCGCUACUUCUGGGCCGUGCCCGAGGGCGAGUUCUCCUGCGAGCCACCCCUCAUUGCACGCCACACGCAGCGCCUCUGGGUGCUGGAGGGCCAGCGGGCUACACUGCGGUGCCGGGCGCUCGGCGACCCCGUGCCCACCAUGCACUGGGUUGGCCCCGAUGACCGGCUGGUUGGCAACUCCUCCCGAGCCCGGGCUUUCCCCAACGGGACCCUGGAGAUCGGGGUGACGGGCUCUGGGGACGCAGGGGGCUAUACCUGCAUUGCCACCAACCCUGCCGGGGAGGCCACAGCCCGAGUGGAGCUCCGGGUGCUGGCCCUGCCCCAUGGCGGGAAUGGGAGCGCGGAGGGGGGCCGCCCGGGGCCCUCGGACAUUGCUGCCUCGGCCCGCACUGCUGCCGAGGGCGAGGGGACACUAGAGUCUGAGCCAGCUGUGCAGGUGACGGAGGUGACUGCAACCUCAGGGCUGGUGAGCUGGGGGCCGGGGCGGCCAGCAGACCCCGUGUGGAUGUUCCAAAUCCAGUAUAACAGCAGCGAGGACGAGACCCUCAUCUACCGGAUUGUCCCGGCCUCCAGCCACCACUUCCUGCUGAAGCACCUAGUCCCUGGUGCCGACUAUGACCUCUGCCUGCUGGCCCUGUCACCCGCCGCUGGGCCUUCCGACCUCACAGCUACCAGGCUGCUGGGCUGUGCCCACUUCUCCACGCAACCGGCUGCACCCCUGUGCCACGCCCUGCAGGCCCACGUGCUGGGCGGGACCCUGACCGUGGCCGUGGGGGGCGUGCUGGUGGCUGCCUUACUGGUCUUCACUGUGGCCUUGCUGGUUCGGGGCCGGGGGGCCGGGAAUGGCCGCCUCCCCCUCAAGCUCAGCCACGUCCAAUCCCAGACCAAUGGAGGCCCCAGCCCCACACCCAAGGCCCACCCGCCGAGGAGCCCACCACCUCGGCCGCAACGCAGCUGCUCCCUGGACCUGGGAGACGCCGGCGGGUGCUACGGCUAUGCCAGGCGCCUUGGAGGGGCCUGGGCCCGGAGGAGCCACUCUGUGCAUGGGGGGCUGCUCGGGGCAGGGUGCCGGGGGGUUGGGGGCAGCACGGAGCAACUGGAGGAGAGUGUGGUGUGAUGGGGAAGGGAGUCAGCCCGGGGCAGGCCAGGGAAGGGGCAGAGGGCAUGGGGAGGGCAGCUGCGGGGCCCGGUGGGUCAGCACUGCCUGGGAGCUCCUCCUGAUUUUACCCUUGGUACCUCAGGCCCCCUUUGUACCUGGCAGGACAGGGGGCCCUUUCCCUGGUUCUGGCCUCCAGACCCGCGUUCCUCCAACAGGUGCUCACAGCCACCGAGGCAGGGGCUGCUACCACCAAGCGGGAGUCUUGUUUUUCUUUAUAAUAAAAUUGUUGGGUACACCUCA